AUGCCACUCACACCAGAACAAGUCAAGAUUGUCAAGUCUACCGCACCUGUUCUUGCAGAACACGGCAAUGCUGUCACUACGCUAUUCUACGAAACUGCCCACGAGGAGUACCCCGAACUGCACAAUGUCUUCAACCAGACGAACCAGGUCAACAACCAUCAAGCCCAAGCAUUAGCUGGAUCGCUGUAUGCAUACGCAUCGCAUAUCGAUGAUCUUGGCAAGUUGAGCCCAGCUGUCGAGAAGAUCUCCCAGAAGCAUGCUUCACUCUACAUCCAACCAGAACACUACCCUAUCGUCGGCGAAGGACUUCUAAGGGCAAUGGGCAAAGUCCUUGGAGACGCCUGCACUCCGGAGAUCCUCGAUGCGUGGACCGCAGCGUACUGGCAACUGGCGAACCUCUUCAUCGAGCGAGAAGAAGUACUCUACGCCGAAGCCAAAGGCUGGACUGACUGGAGAGACUUCGUCAUUGCGGAUAAGAAGCAAGAAAGUGACGAGAUCACCUCUUUCUAUCUCAAGCCUGUUGAUGGCGAGAAGCUGCCUGAAUACCUGCCUGGCCAAUACACUUCCGUUCUGACAGACGUCCCGCAAUUUGGCUACAAGCAGUCAAGGCAGUAUUCGCUUUCUGAAGCACCAAGACAGGACUACUACCGUAUCAGCGUCAAGAAGGAGGCAGGCCUGGAGCAACAACAUUCCGAGGCGCCGGCUCACCCAGGCUGGAUCUCAAACAUCCUGCACAACGAGAAGACGGUUGGUGAUGUCGUCAGGCUUUCGCACCCGGCUGGGGAGUUCUACUUCGACCCGGUGAAAGAUCAAGAUGCACCCAUUGUACUCCUGUCUGCCGGCGUGGGCAUCACGCCGAUGAUCGCCAUUCUCGAUACUGUCCUUCAGCGCGGCUCGAAACAGCCGAUUGCUUUCAUCCAUGGUGCCAGGAGUAAAUCGGCUCAAGCAUUCAAGCAACAUAUCCGCGACCAGGUUGCUGAGCACUCUAGUGUUCACGCUGUUGACUUCGUCAAGAAUGUCAAGGCUGAUGCUGAUGAUGAAGAGCAAGGCCUUCAUCAUGUUGGACGCUUGGCAUUGAACUUGGUUGAUGAUGACAAAGAUCUGUACUUGAACGACAGCAACACCAAGUACUUUGUGUGCGGGCCUGAGGCUUUCAUGGCUGAUAUGUGGAGGGGUUUGAAGGCCAAAGACGUUGAUGAAAGUAGAAUCAAGAUGGAGGUGUUCGGAACUGGCGAGCUGCCGCUUUAG